UAGAGAAAGGAAUCUGUGAAUUCAAAUGGAAACCAGCAGGAACACAGACCGAGAAUAGGCGUUUUACAUAAAUGACUGAUUUCAUGUAGGUUCUCGUCGCCUUUUCGAUGAUUUUACCGCGGAAUGCUUUUCGUUUUUAAGCCGCUUUCGAUGGAGGAGUAAGAGAGCCGUUUUUAAGCUAAAACCGUUUCUAAGCCAAGGGGGAGGGGGGAGAGUUGCCUCUUUUGCUCUCCCUGUUCUUUUUCUAUUUUAAUAACGUACCCCUCCUCGGUUUUUACAUGUAAUUUAUUCCGUCACAGCCUCGUCCACGGUUGAGGCCGUUUUUUUUAUUCGAAUUUGGGCUGAUCGCGGGAGGCGUGAGCGAUCGAAUGGGGCUGUUGAAUUCCAUUCCUCCACCGAUUGUUUAAAAUAAUUCCGUUCACAUUCGACUCGAAUUCGGAGAAACAUUCUUUUUCAUUUUCCAUGGAAACCCCGGUGAUGGGAUGUUCGAGCGCGCAGUGAAAGGAUGAGUGCUUGUUUCGUAGCGAACGGGGCCAGCUUGGAGGACUGCCAUUCCAAUCUAUUCUAUCUGGCUGAUUUGACGGGGAUAAAAUGGAAGAGGUACGUUUGGCAGGGUUCGACCUCGGCGCCCAUGCUGUUCGCCGUCACCGAGGAGGACCCCAUCCUCUGCAGCUUCAGCCGCUGUCUGAAGGCGGAUGUGCUGAGUGUGUGGCGGAGGAGCCAGAGACAGGGGCGCCGGGAGCUCUGGCUUUUCUGGUGGGGCGACGAUCCCAACUUCUCUGAGCUCAUCCACCACGAGCUCAUAGGCGAGGACGAUGGUGUGUGGGAAAAUGGUCUGUCUUACGAAUGUCGUACUCUUCUAUUCAAAGCCAUCCACAGCCUGCUUGAGCGCUGUCUCAUGAACCGUAGUUUCGUACGCAUCGGCAAAUGGUUCGUCAAACCCUACGAAAAGGACGAGAAACCCAUAAACAAGAGGUAA